AUGGCCAUGGCAGCCUCUACUCUGCCGGUCCUCCUCCUCCUCCUCUUUUCCCUCUCAUCCGCCGCCGCCUCCUCCUCUGCCGGCCGCUCGCCGUGCUUCACAUCGCUGUUCAGCUUCGGCGACUCCAUAACCGACACCGGCAACCAGCUUCUCCUGGCUCCCGACGGCGUCCUCGGUCACUGCUGCUUCCCUCCUUACGGCGAGACCUACUUCGGCCGCCAGACCGGCCGCUGCUCCGACGGCCGCCUCAUCGUCGACUUCAUCGCGGAGCAAUUGGGGCUUCCGUUACUGACGCCGUACCCGGGGAAGCUUCACAGCAACGAUUUCCCGUUGGGGGCCAACUUCGCGGAAGGAGGGGCGACGGCGCUGGACUUCCAUUUCCUGGCGGAGAAGGGGAUUUACAACACGCACACCAAUCUGUCCUUGCAGGUCGAGAUCGAUCGGUUCAAGGAAUUGCUGGCCACCAUCUGUUCAUCUCCCUCUGAAUGCAAGGACUACCUGAGCAAAUCCCUGAUUCUGCUGGGAGAGAUUGGAGGAAUCGACUACAACCGUGCGUUCUUCGAAGACGUUGCCGCCGACGAGAUCAUCGCCAUCGUGCCAUAUGUCGUCGCCGAGAUUGGCAAAUCAAUCCAGCAAUUGGUUGAGUUAGGGGCGGUCACAAUUCUGAUCCCCGGGAACCUCCCGAUCGGGUGCUGGCCGGGUUAUUUGACCAAAUUCUGGAGCCCCAACAAGGAAGAUUACGACCCGUUAAGCGGCUGCCUCGUCUGGUACAACAAUUUCGCCCAGCACCACAACAUCCUUCUCCAACAGGAAAUUGCUAGGCUGCAGAAGCUCUACCCUCGCACAAACUUGAUGUACGGGGACUACUACGGCUCCGCCACUCGAUUUCAUCGACACCCUGAAAAAUUCGGGUUCACCGGAUCGGCGGUGGUGGCUUGUUGUGGCGGUGGAGGUCCGUACAACUACAACGAGUCACUGAUUUGUGGGAACGAGGGCUCGAAGGCUUGUGCGGAGCCGUCGACUUACGUGAACUGGGACGACCAUCAUUUCACCGAAGCGGCGUACAGGAUAGUGGCUAAGGACGUUUUGGAAGGCCCGUUUUCGACUCCAAGAUUCAAUGCGUCUUGUCUGGUGGGCCGGGCAAGCGACGAUGGGCUUCAUUCUGCCUAUUAG